ACUGGCAACAAUUUCGAUAUUCCAUUUUCAAGAAUCAAAAAGUGUGACGGUGGUUUUGUGAUUUUUUCGUAUAUUUCUCAUAAAAAUGUCGACUUUAGCCGCCCCAUUAUCCGUAGCAGGGACUAGAUCGUCCGGAGCCUCCGUCAGAACACAAAAUGUAAUGGCUGCAGCGGCUAUAGCGAACAUAGUGAAGAGUUCUCUGGGACCAGUCGGCCUGGACAAGAUGUUGGUGGACGACAUUGGAGACGUCACCGUCACUAACGAUGGAGCCACUAUCCUCAAGAUGUUGGAAGUGGAGCACCCGGCUGCGAAGGUGCUGGUGGAGCUGGCCGCGCUGCAGGACGAGGAGGUCGGAGACGGAACCACCUCCGUGGUCAUCAUUGCUGCUGAGCUCCUCAAGAAUGCUGAUGAACUGGUAAAGAACAAGAUCCACCCUACCAGCAUCAUCUCUGGGUACCGUCUGGCUUGCAAGGAGGCCGUCAAGUACAUCCAGGACAACCUGACCGUGACGGUGGAGUCCCUCGGCAGGGGAGCCCUCAUCAACGCUGCCAAGACCACCAUGUCUUCCAAGCUGAUUGGAGCCGACUCAGAUUUCUUCUCCGAAAUGGUUGUCGACGCGGUCCAAGCGGUCAAGAUCACGGACGGUAGAGGCAACUCGGCCUACCCGAUCAAGGCUGUCAACAUCCUGAAGGCCCACGGGCGGAGCGCGCGCGAGAGCGUGUUGGUUAAGGGCUACGCUCUCAACUGCACGGUCGCGUCCCAGGCCAUGCCCAAGAAGAUAUUGAACGCCAAGAUUGCGUGCCUGGACUUCUCUCUGCAGAAGACCAAGAUGAAGAUGGGUGUUCAGGUUCUAGUCUCCGACCCUGAAAAGCUCGAAGCCAUCCGCACCCGCGAGCUUGACAUCACCAAGGAGCGUCUUCAGAAGAUCCUGGCCACCGGGGUCAACGUGAUCCUGUGCUCCGGAGGCAUCGACGACCUGUGCCUGAAGUACUUCAUCGAGAACGGAGCCAUGGGCGUGAGGCGGUGCAAGAAGGCCGAUCUGAAGAGGAUCGCUAAGGCGACGGGUGCUGCCUUCCUUACUUCGCUUACGAAUAUGGACGGAGAGGAAGUGUUCGAGCCCAGCAUGAUUGGAGAAGCCGCUGAGGUGGUGCAGGAGCAGAUCUGCGAUGACCAGCUCAUUCUCAUCAAGGGGCCGGCAGCGCGCACAGCGGCCUCGCUCAUCCUCCGCGGCCCGACAGACGCGUACUGCGACGAGAUGGAGCGCUCGGCGCACGACGCGCUGUGCGCGGUGCGGCGCGUGCUGGAGAGCGGGCGGCUCGUGCCGGGCGGCGGCGCCGUCGAGGCCGCCGGGAACAUCUACCUCGAGAACUUUGCUACUACGCUCAGUUCCCGCGAGCAGCUGGCCAUCGCGGCGUUCGCGCAGGCGCUGCUGGUGAUCCCGAAGACGCUCGCCGUCAACGCGGCCAAGGACGCCACCGACCUGGUCGCCAAGCUGAGGGCCUACCACAACACCUCGCAGACUAAGGUCGAGCACGCUAACCUCAAAUGGGUAGGUCUGGACCUGGUAGAAGGCACCCUGCGGGACAACCUGGCCGCCGGAGUCCUAGAGCCCGCGAUAUCCAAGAUCAAGUCUCUCAAGUUCGCCACAGAAGCCGCCAUCACCAUCCUGCGUAUCGACGACAUGAUCAAGCUAGACCCAGAACAGUCCAAGGGAAGGAGUUACGAAGAUGCCUGCAAUGCUGGGGAACUGGACUAAGCGGAUUUGUAAACAGAUCUCAGUGCUUUAGUGUAAGGAUUGUGCGUUUAUGAAGGUUUAGGAAGGCUGCAGGAUUGCUUAUUAAUUUCUGCUAUUGUAUUACACAUUGAUAGGUAUUUUUCAAAAUAUAAAGUUUAUUUCCCGGUAGGACGCUGUCCACAAAGUUAAUGCUCAGAUAGGCUUCGAAAUGCAAUCAAAUUCUUACGUUUACGGUGCUUUGAUUCAGUAUUGUAUUAUAAUCUCUUCGUUUGUCUAUGUGUUCUCGCUGGUCGACAGUGCUGAGAUCAAGUUAUUGAAUAUUACUUGAUUAUUAUAUCAAGUAUGAUAAGUGCCUAAGCUUUAUUUACUGCGGUUUGAGAUACAUAGCUGCCUUGGAACCACCACGGAAAGAGAUGGUAUCAGUUAUGACUGGUGUUCAAAGAACUAUGAUGAUGUUUGACUAUAGUUUAUAUUCACUCAAUCUGCCUGUACAUUAAAUUGUUCGUGGUAGGGUCACACUAUUCUCCAGAAUGUAAUGAUAUAGGGUUGCUUAUGUUUUUUUUUAAUUUUAUACAGAGUUAUUACAAACUAUUAAUCUGUUCAUACCAUUUCCAAGGCAUUUAAAUGAUUUAGUUAGUCAUGUAUUUCAAAUAUUUAUAAGUUGAAGUUACAAUAUUUUCUUAUGUACCUUUUUAACCCAGUUUGUUUCACGUUAAUGGUAACUUUGUUUCGAUUAUGUCAGGGUUCGAAAUUGCUCGUCACAAUAACUUAUUCAUGUUUGUUUAACAAAAACUCUUUGUAAGAGGAUUAAAACAUGUAUAAAAUUUAACCCAUUUCGGUUAAUUGCUUUUAACUUAGUUUACAUUGCGCUAGAGUGUGUCGGAAUUAUGUUUCGACACCACAAUAUUGAUACAAUUAAUUAAUUAAAAGUAAUUUUAAUAUA